AAAAGAAAAUAAAAAAGUAGUAAAAGUAGGACAAAAAAAAGAUAGUGGAGGGAUCCUCUCGGGAACCGGGACCGUGAUUGGUCUCGUUGAGGCCGAGAGUGAGAGGAUGAUGAUGAUGCGAAGAAUCAUCUCCGAGAGAGCUACUUGUGUCUCUAAGAACUUUGUUCUCAGAUCCUCUGCUUCGCGGUUUCACGGCGAGUCUCUCGAUUCCUCCGUCUCACCCGUUCUCAUUCCCGGCGUCCAUGUCUUCCACUGCCAGGACGCAGUUGGAAUCGUAGCAAAGCUAUCAGAUUGUAUUGCAGCUAAAGGCGGAAACAUUCUCGGCUACGAUGUCUUUGUUCCUGAGAACAACAACGUCUUCUACUCUCGCAGAUGGUUUCUUUUUGACAGUGAGUUUAUAUUUGAUCCGGUGAAAUGGCCGAGAGAGCAAAUGAGUGAAGACUUUCAAGCUAUUGCGCAAAGAUUCGGUGCCAUGAACUCUGUUGUUCGUGUUCCUUCUAUAGAUCCCAAGUAUAAGAUUGCUCUUCUACUUUCUAAACAGGAUCAUUGUCUGGUGGAAAUGUUGCAUAGAUGGCAAGACGGAAAGCUCCCUGUGGAUAUAACAUGUGUGAUAAGCAAUCAUGAGAGAGCUUCAAACACUCAUGUUAUGCGGUUUCUUGAGAGGCAUGGCAUUCCGUAUCAUUAUGUAGCCACAACUAAAGAUAAUAAACGAGAAGAUGAGAUUUUGGAUUUGGUUAAAGACACUGACUUCUUAGUUCUCGCUAGAUACAUGCAGAUUCUAUCGGGUAAGUUCUUGAAAGGUUAUGGAAAGGAUGUAAUCAAUAUUCACCAUGGUCUCUUGCCAUCAUUCAAGGGCGGAUAUCCAGCCAAACAGGCGUUUGAUGCAGGUGUGAAGCUGAUUGGAGCAACAAGUCACUUUGUUACUGAGGAACUUGAUGCAGGGCCUAUCAUUGAACAAAUGGUUGAGAGUGUUUCCCACCGGGACAAUCUAAGGAGCUUUGUCCAGAAAUCUGAGGACCUCGAGAAAAAAUGCCUAACAAAAGCUAUAAAGUCAUACUGCGAACUACGUGUGUUACCUUAUGGAGCAAACAAGACUGUUGUAUUCUAAUAGAACAAGCAAAGACUAUUUGUUGAUUCUCUAUCGCAUACGAUCACUGAGGCUCAAAGAUUCGAGAGAGCAUUUGUCAGCCUCGAGACAAGUUACUUGGCGGAGAGUAGACUGAAUCCCAGCAACCCAUCUCUGCUUUUGAGUCUUACUCUUGCACUUAAACUCCAAAAGACCCUGUCCUGUUUUAAGACCAAAAUAGACUUCUUCUGAGUUUUCUUCUCUAUCUUUACUGUAAGGCCAUGCAGAUAUCUCGUCGCAGACUCCAUAAACAACGCCUUCAAAAGGAAACAAGAAGCUUCAGAGUUCCAUGUUUCAAGUAAUUUCCCUAACUCUUGGAAAAAAUAAUAAUAGAAAACACUUACAUUUGAUCUUUUUGGAGAAUGUUCCUCCGAUGUGUUUGCUUUUGAGUUUGAUCAUUACCUGAGAAAUUCAUAGAGCUC